AUGACAUCAGUUGCCAACAAGCUAACCACGCACAAUAACUUCAGUGCCUCGUCCUUUGACAAUGUGGAGGAAACAGAGUUGGAGGGUUCAGGCUACAAGUCCGAGGCAUUCGCCGGCAAGAAGGAGCAGAUGGCCAAGGUGAUGGAUGAGUUGGAUAAAUCAGGCUUGAUCCCAGAGUCGCUUAUUGAGCACGAGACCAACUGGUUCUACAAGGAGUUGGGCAUCGAUGACACGUUCUUUUCGGCAGUGUCGGUGAAGGACAUUGCGUGCGACAUUUUGGGGCUUUACUCGGCCAAAGUGGACGCAUUUGCACGGGGAAACGGGGUUUCGGGAGCAGAGGCAGCUGAAGAUACCCAUUUCAGCUACAAGAAGAUUGGCGAGGACCACUCGGCCUUCUUUGCCUCGGGACCGGCAGCUGCUGAGUUCGAUCUUGAGAUCGACGAGAAGUUCCUCGACAGGGCAGAUGCCAGCUUCAGAGUUGAGUCAUUUGUGUCGGAGUUACCAAACGGGACGAAACUCCAGUGCAGCUUCGUGUAUCGGUGUGUUUUCAGCGGCUCGAAGUCGCCUGAUGGCACAAUUGAAUCGGUGAGCGACGUUGUUUUCGCCAAAACAGCAUCCGCACACACCAAGGGCCUCUACAAGGAGGUUUUGGACGAGAUGAAGACCACAGACGGUGCUGUGGUGAAGCACUAUGCGGUGGCAGCAAGCGGGGAACAGCGGAUCGUGAUUGGCUAUCCAAAGGGAUCGUCUCCACAGUACAAUUCGGCUCUCUCGGCACUUGCCAAGUACUACGGGGUGGUUGUGAAGCGGAAGUACGUGGAAAACUUUGCUGAGGGAUCAACGGUGGUGACUUUGUACAUCGAGCACUCGGAAAAGUACUCAGCAGACACAAUUAUCUACCAGAUCACGCGCGAGGCAUCGUUGUUGUACUGCAUUCCAAACAACACGUUCCACACGCAGUUUGUGGCGGGCAAAAUGUCGGCCCAGGAGUGCAUCUUUGCACACUGUGGUGCCGUUUUCGUGACCCACUUCCUCAACAGGCUUGGCCCGGAGUACAGCGAGCUCAAGAAGACGCUUAAGGGCUCGACGGAGGACGUUGAACUCCUCGCACGGUUGAAAGAGAGGCUCACUUCGGAGACUUACAGCCCAGAGUACAUCUCAGAGUGCGUGAAGCAGCACUUGGCGGUGGUCCGGAGGCUGUACCGGGUGUUUAUGGACACGCACUACACGACUUCGUCGCUGGAGAAGACGUUGUCGUACAAGCGGGCGUCGCAGGCUGAGUCGAUCGACUCGGACGACCAGUUCGACCAGAUCGUCGAGGACGAGUGUGCCACGAACAAAGGUCACGCACUUGUGUUGAGGGCCUUAUACACCUUUACGAAGAGCAUUCUUAAGACGAAUUUCUUCGUGACAUCGAAGUUGGCGAUCUCGUUCCGGUUGCGGCCGACGUUUUUGCCCAAGGAGGAGUACCCAAACACUCCAUUCGGCAUGUUUUUCGUCGUUGGCUCGGACUUCCGGGGCUUCCACGUGCGUUUCCGCGAUAUUGCAAGGGGUGGAAUCCGUAUCGUGAAAUCUGCAUCUGCAGAUGCGUACGCCAAGAACAGACGGACGAUGUUUGACGAGAAUUACGGGUUGGCCAGCACGCAGCAGAGGAAGAACAAGGAUAUUCCAGAAGGUGGAUGCAAGGGUGUGAUCUUGCUCGAUGCGGGCAGUGCACAGAAUAAGGUCAAGGAGUGCUUCCAGAAGUACAUCGACGCGAUCUUGGACUUGUUGAUCAAGGACCCAGCCAAGGAGAAGAUUGUGGACUUGUACGGCGAGCCGGAGAUGUUGUUCAUGGGCCCGGACGAGAACACGGCCGAUCUUGUGGACUGGGCUACGUUGCACGCCAAGAAGAGAGGUGCCAAGCUCGGAUUCCCAUGGAAGGCCUUCUUCACGGGAAAAUCGCCGGAGUUGGGCGGAAUUCCGCACGAUAAGUACGGUAUGACCACGUUGAGUGUGCGUGAGUACAUCACGGGCACGUACAAGAAGCUUGGAAUCACAGACUGGUCGAAGAUCAACAAGUUGCAGAUGGCAGGUGGAGACGGAGACUUGGGUUCGAACGAGAUCAAGUUUUCUGGUGAUGAGCGGUACGUGGGUUUGGUUGAUGGCUUUGGUGCAAUUGUCGACGAGGACGGAAUCGACAAGAAGGAGUUGUUGCGUCUUGCUGAGCAGAGGUUGGGCAACAACAAGUUUGAUCGCUCGAAGCUCGGCCCAAAGGGAUAUGCGGUGAUGAUUGACGAGAACAACGUCAAGACUCCAGGUGGAAAAGUCAUCAAGAACGGAUUGCAGUUCAGAAACAACUUCCACUUGAUGAUUCCAGAGAUCUACCCUCGCAAGGAUUUCGUCAACUUGUUUGUUCCAUGUGGAGGACGUCCUGCCUCCAUCAAUGCAAACAACGUCCAUCUGCUCUUGGACGACAAGACGGGCAAGUCGAUCGUCCCGAUCAUCGUCGAGGGCGCCAACUUGUUCAUCACGCAGCCUGCCAAGAUCAUUCUCGAGAAAGCAGGUGCCGUGGUGUUCAAGGAUGCCUCCACAAACAAGGGAGGUGUCACGUCUUCCUCGAUGGAGGUGUUGGCAGCCUUGUCUUUGGAUGAUGACCAGUUCAAGCACAAUAUGUGCCUAGACGCCGAGUCCGGAGAGCUCCCAGCCUUCUACAAGACCUACGUGAAGCAGGACGAGGCCAACAUCGUCGAAAAGGCCAAGUUGGAGUUCAAUCUCUUGUGGAAGUUGAAGGAGGAGACCGGCAAGACCUUCAGCGAGUUGAGUGACACGCUUUCUGUCGCAAUCAACACGUUGGCCGACCAGUUGCGCGAGUCGGACGAGUUGUGGAAGCAGGAUUUGAGUUUCCGUAACCACGUCAUCGCCGCUGCUGUCCCACCGGUUUUGCUCCAGACCGUCGGAAUUGACGCACUUGUCCGCCGGAUUCCUGACGCAUACUUGAAGGCCAUGUUUGCCACCAAGUUGGCCGGCGAGUUUGUCUACACAAGGGGCGUCCACCCUAAUCCGGCAACUUUCUUGCAGUUUAUCUCCGAGUUGAAGGAGAAGUACGAGAAGGUGUGA